CCCACUCCCGCAUCCUCACAUCGCGGUCCGAGCUGGUUGCCUCGAGCGCCCGCGUGCCAUCCAGCACGAGGAAGCGCCGAAGAAAGAAGAGUGGCGCCGUGCGCCCGGGAGGCACGCACGAGCAGUCGGGGCACGGCAGCGAGCGAGCGGCGGGCGCUCGGCUGCACGAGGCGCGAGAGAGUGCGGAGUGUGCGAGCGCAAACAUCACUCUCCUCUGCAGGCUCUGGAAGCCGAGGCCGCCAGCUCUGGAAACCGAAGCCGAGCGGCCCCGCAGGCGGAGCCCACGCGCGGCAGCACGGGACGCCCUGGCCGAAGAGAUAGGCGCGAGCGGCCCACCGAGACCCUGCGAGCGCACCGAGGACGAUGGGGUGGAAGCACACGCCGCCGGACCCACGCGCGGAACACGGGUGAUCAAACGCUGACAGCACAGAGAAGUCUGCAUGGCCAUGUCACACUGCCUGGCCCCCUGCGAGGAGGAGGAGGAGGAAAAGGAGGAGGAGGAAAAGGAGGAGGAAGAGGAGGAGGAGGAGGAGGGGGAAACCACGCGGGAAAACUGUCUAUGGAAUGGCUUCUUUGUCUGAGUUUCUCGGCGAGCGCGGGCGCAUCCGCAGCCCAGCCGGCUCAGGCCGCGGACUGCGGCGCAGACACGACAUGACAUUACAAGCCGUUCACGCCUGGUUCGGGCGGAAGGCAUGUCGAGUCGAGGCUGGCGCCCAGAUGGCGAAAGCGACUACGAAAAAAGCGAACCGCCCCCAGGCGCGAGAGGAUGACGAAACAAAAAGAGGGCCACAAUUUGCUGCGGCUAGUUCCCGUCCCAAUCUGCCCACUGCUUCUCGGGGACACGCUGGGAAGGACACGUUUGUGACCAACCGAGUCACCCCAGACACAUGGUUUGAUCCCCUAGCGGCGCGCCGUGGAGGAGGAGGAGGAGGAGGAAGAGGAGGAGGAGGAGGAGGAGGAAGCGUUGGACGAUGGGGAGGAGGAGGAGGA